UUGGUCCCCGCUGGCCACAGCGGGAUGGGCCUGAGUCCGACCGCCAGCGGGGAGUACGGGAUCCGCCUCUCCAGGGUCCCAUGGCCGCGCCCCAAGUCCAUCUCAAGAACCUCCAGUACCGGCUCAAGUGACACCCAAUCUGCAACUGGACAGUUAGCCGUGCCCCACUCAGAGUCAGCGAGAUCUCAAGCACUAUUGGUCCAGCUCCUGCCGAAGCGGCUCAGGCAAAGCUUCAAGUUAGAACAGGCCAGAAGCUGGCCGUGCGGAGAGAAGUCGGUAAUUAACUUGGAGAUCACACCCAGCAAGAAGAGAACAGCAUUGGUUCCAACGCCCAAGUUGGAGAUUGAAGGCAAACGGAAACAUCCAGCAGCCGAGGAGAAACCAAGACCCAGACCCGGAGACCUCAUUGAGAUUUUUCGAAUUGGCUAUGAACAUUGGGCCAUCUACGUAGAAGAUGAUUGUGUGGUCCACCUGGCUCCUCCAAGUGAGGAGUUUGAGGUGGGCAGCAUCACUUCUAUCUUCAGCAACCGUGCUGUGGUGAAGUAUAGCCGACUGGAGGACGUGCUGCAUGGCUGCUCUUGGAAGAUCAACAACAAGCUGGAUGGGACAUAUCUGCCCCUCCCCGUGGACAAGAUCAUCCAGCGCACAAAAAACAUGAUCAACAAGAUAGUGCAGUAUAGCCUGAUUGAGGGGAACUGUGAGCACUUCGUCAACGACCUUAGAUACGGUGUGCCCAGGAGCCAGCAGGUGGAGCAUGCCCUGGUGGAGGGAGCGAAGGCUGCAGGUGCUGUCAUCUCUGCAGUGGUGGACAGCAUAAGACCCAAGUCUAUAACUGCUUGAAGCUGCUGCGGAUUCUGAGCGCAGGAAGGGCCACUGACAGCG